CGGCUUGAUCAGAAAACGUGUGUUUGUCUAUGGACUCACGCGCUCGUGCCGUCGCAGCCAUCGCCCAGGGCGCGCGCCCGGCCGCCGUCGUCCCCGCCGGCGCCGCCGCCGCGACCGAGCUCUCGCGGCUCAAGAAACAGCUCCACGAGCUCGAGGAGAAGCGCGACAAUGUAAUCAAGAAGAGGAGGUCUCGGAGGGAGGCUCGGCCUCCGAGCUGCUGGGCUGCGUGCGGCCGCAGGGGCGGCGCGUGCCCGCAGUUCUGCGGCGAGGGAGGCGCCUGCUGCAAGCUUGCUUGGGUGAGCGAUGGGCGCGACCCGAAUGCCUGCCCGGCCGAGAUGGCGGAGUUUCGGUACCACACGUGCGUGGCGCAGAGCUUCGUCGGCGUGAACAAGGGAGACCCCGCGAUGACGGACUUUUCGAUCAGCUCGGCCGGCGUGCAUCUCGGCCGGACCAACCUCGUCCGAGAGCCCGGCUACACGCGGCCGACGAUGGACGACUAUUACGCAUUCGCCGACGGGACAUCCGCCCUGCCCGCCGCCAUCGAGCGGCACUUGAGCGACCGCGGGCGUGCGGGGAAAACGCCCUGGCCGGACGCGCAGCAGCAGGCGCCGAAGGUGCCCAAGGACCGGUGGCGGUGCAACCGCUCCUUCGCGGUGGGCAAGCGGGGCGUGAUGCGGCCGCUCUUCACGAGGCUGCGACUGUGCGAGCCAGAGACGCGCAGCACGGCGGUGCACGUCUGGUGGACUGAGACUAUGGAGCUCGAGACAAAGUUCUGGCCGCCUCGCCGGCCGGCCUCCCGUGCCGGCUUCCCAGAGGGCGGCAGCGGCGACUUCCCCGAGGGCGCGGAUCGCGCCAUCGUCAACUCGGCGCCCGGGCUGGCGCAGCUCGUCGGAGUGCCCGGGCUGGUGCAGCUCAUCGGAGUCAAGCCCGCGCUCGGCAGGCUGCAGGAGGUGUGCUACCGCAAGACGGGCUACUCGCGGCUCUCGCCGCCGGCCAACGCCGACGCCGAGCACUGUGGCUUCACGAAGCGCUCUUUCACGGUCGGCAAGGGGCAGCUCGAGGAAGUCGGCAAGGGGCAGCUCGAGAGCGUGGCAGCCGACUUCCGCUCGUACAACCUCAACACGAUGCGCCACUACCGCCCCUCCGGGGGCGGCGCGCUGAGGCACCGCCUCUGGAUCUGCAAGCCGCGCGGCGGCUUCAACUCGGAGCUCAGCUCGGAGGACACGACGCUCGCCUGGCUGACGAGGCGCGUGCCGGCGGGCGAGUAUGUCAUGCAGGACUUCGAGAUGAACCCGAUGACCUUCGCCGGGCACAAGUUCGACCUGCGAGUCUGGGCGGCGCCGUGUGCUCAGUGCAUCCCGAAGGUCAACAUGUGGCGUAUAUAUAUAUUAUGUUAUAUUAUAUUAUGUUAUAUUAUAGGCAUCCCGAAGCCGCGGACGUGUCGUACCUACUCCUUUAAGCACGCGAAGGACGGCUUCCGCUCGGCGCAUGUGAUCAAGACGUACGAGUGGUACAUCUACGCGAAGGGGCUCGACACGCGCUGGGUGGCCAAGGCUGACGACGACACGCUGUGGAACGUGCCGCUGCUGCUCGCCGAGCUUCGUCUGCUCACGGGGAAGCACGCGCACGCCUACCACGGAGUGAUGCGCUGGCGGUGGUACUCCACCGUCGACUCCGCAGUGUGCGGCGCCUUCGUGGAGCACGGCCCGCCGAAGCCGCCGCCGGCGGCGCGCGUGGCGACGUCGGUGGCGAAGUGCGGCGGCGGUGGCACGGCGGGCGGCGGCGUGCUCGGCCCGUUCGUGUACUCUGAUGGCUCGUUUGAGCUCCUCUCGACGCCGCUCGCGCGCGCCGCCUUCGCGCCGACGGCGCGCCGCUGGCACAGGCAGUUCCUCGGCAUGAGCAAGCGCGGCUCGACCGCCGAGGACCCGCUCGUCGGCGCGCUCGUCUACGAGGAGAGCGUGAGGCAGCAGCUGCCCACCGCCUUCUACGCGCUGCGCCCGUGGCGACACAACCGCUUCUGGGUCGACUUACGCGAGGCGCGCACGCUGCCCGACGCGACCACCCUGUCGGUGCACCGCGUGUACAACUCGAUGCUCGCAAAGGUGUCGGCGGCGCGCUUCGCCCUGCGCAAUGGCGCCAACGCGUCGUCGUACGUGCAGUACGAUUGCGGCAAGUGCUCAGAGUGGGGGUGGCAACAGGGCACCUCCAAAUUUGCGUGCUGCAUGAAGCGUCCAUGCCCGGUGUCGAGGGUGUGGCUAGCGCGGGGCUACUCAAUAGCAGAGCUGCUGUAA